AUACAUAUCUACCUUUGUGUGCCUUGUUCCUUGACGGACUCGACACUUUGACCUCUUUGUUCUUUGCUGGUCUGGGAACAGCCUGUGACUUUCAUUCAUUCCUUUGUCCCAUAGUGCUGAGCAUAUCUCUGCGUCCAUUCCCUUUGAGCUCAUUUGUUUCUCGAUCGCUUUUUAAGGCUGGGAACAUCUUUUCCCGUGUUCGUCGAAUACUCCCCCAACACUGUCCGAGAUUUACCAUUGUGCUCGCCAGGCUUGAUACGCUAGCGACAAACACUAUUACCAAGAUACAAAUUCUGACCUCAUCAUGAUGCUGGCAUCUAUGUCGUCUGCGAUCCUCUUCGUCGCUGCUCUAGCGGCUCUUGUCCCUCUGACCACGGCUGGCUCUGGCUAUGUGCUCGAGGAUGACUACACCGUUGACAACUUCUUCUCCAUGUUCGAGUUCUUUACUGCACCUGACCCAACCCACGGAUAUGUAACAUAUAUCGGCCAAUCGGCUGCACAAGCAGCAGGGCUGGUCAACACCAACAAUGGAGCCGUUUAUAUGGGUGUCGACUACACAAAUGUGGCUUCAGGGUCCGGACGACAGAGUGUUAGAAUCACUAGCAAGAAGUCCUAUACCCACGGCCUGAUCAUUCUCGAUUCUUCUCACAUGCCCGGCGGAAUUUGUGGAACGUGGCCUGCGUUCUGGACAGUCGGUCCAAACUGGCCUACCGGUGGUGAAAUCGACAUCAUUGAGGGUGUCAACUCUCAGACUGCAAACUCGAUGGCUUUACACACCGGACCCGGCUGUUCGAUCCAAAAUUCCGGCUUGUUCGAAGGCCAAAUCUCCACUCCUAAUUGCGACGUGGCGGCCAACGGCCAGGCUACCAAUGCAGGAUGUCAAAUCCAUUCAGGAAACAAAGCAUCGUAUGGGGCUGGAUUCAAUGCCAACCAAGGCGGUGUUUUCGCGACUGAAUGGACCUCGAGCCAUAUCUCGAUCUGGUUCUUCCCCCGUGGAGGCAUUCCUAGCGAUAUCACCGCCGGCAAUCCAGAUCCUAGUGGAUGGGGUCAACCAGCGGGCAGCUUUACUGGAGGGUGCGAGAUUGACAACUUCUUCUCAAACAAUCAGAUUGUUUUUGAUACUACUUUCUGUGGCGACUGGGCUGGAAAUGUAUGGUCUUCCGAUCCAGUGUGCUCGUCCAAGGCCUCGACAUGCCAGCAGUACGUUCGAGACAACCCGGCAGCAUUCAAGGAUGCGUUCUGGAGCAUCAACUCGUUGAGGGUGUACCAGAGUGGCAGUGGAGGCAGCAACCCUCAACCUGGUGGGUCAACCUACGGACCAGGAGAGUAUUCCGUGGUACCAACAGUUUCUGGUGGCGGAUACCCGACCGCUGGACAACCUCAGCCUACUUAUGGUGGUCAGCCAGGCGGACAAGCUGAGCCAUCCUCUGUUGGAAACGACAAUGGCAACAAUUGGGGUAACGGAAAUGGGUGGGAUGGUGGCAACGGUGGCGGCCGUCGCACCAAGUCCUGGGGCGCCAAAGCCAACUUUGCCGCAGUUGAUACUAGUGCCCCCACCGUCACUGCUGUCAACUCAAACGCGGCGGGAUUCUACGCUGCCCCGGUUGAUACCGACUCUGUUGCCUUCGACUCAGCUCCCACUGACCUCCCGGCCGUCUCCGUCACUGGAGCAUCAAGCAACACUAUCAUUCCGAUCCCAGACGCCUCGGGUAACGAAGCGCCAACCAAUGCUGACAUUCCCACUGCAGAGGCUUCGGACAAUGCAGUCUCGGAAGUGCAACCAGCUCCAGCGACGACCCCUUGUCCAACCCCGGGCCCUCUCCAAAGUGGCAACUUUGAGCCUGGUAUGGGAGAGUCGAAUGGCAUUUACUUCACUAUUACAUCCCUGCCCAACGGAUACUUUGAGACCGACGAUGAUGUGUCGAAACGAAAGCGUGAAGCCAGCCCUGUUGACCCGGCUUAUGAUCAUGACGCGAUCAAGCACGCCGUUCGAGCGGAGAAGCGCGGCGUGGAUCAAGCUGGGCGAUUCGCAGGCCAUCGACUACUCCACCGACAUAUUGGCAAGCGAGAGCUUGCAGGUAACGGCGCAGAAGCCGGUUCGUGAUGAUUAUAUAAGGAAGGCUAGGUAUAAAGGAACUGGGGGUGGGGAUGAAAUACACGGUCAAGGCCCACUGCUCUACGAAAGAUAUGAACUGAUUUUAUGCGAUCCACGACCAAAAGGAUUCUCUUCUUUCUUGCUUAUGUUUUGCAAACACGAAGGAUAGGAUGGUCUUGGGGCCUGUCUGACUACUGGAUUCCGGUGUUAUUUCAAACGCUGGUUAGGUUCUCUGUGUUUUUUUUUUGGCAAAGUGGAGUUUAGAAUCGUUGGCAAGCAAGCAAGCGGUGCAGACUGGUGACGAUCACAGCGUUGACUUGAAGUCUUGACGUCGAAAGCAUGGAUGCAUGAAUGAAAUGAAGUACAUAUCCACAAACAGAGAAACUUA